GUCGUAGCUGCCAUAAUCUAAAUGACGCGUUUUGGUCAUUUGGUUCUUUGCCAUUAUUUUGGUGCGAUUAGUUCAUUUGAUGCAAACAGCCGGUUUGUCGUUAUUGGCAGGUUCAAUUGCAAUACCACCUGCUCAACGUUACCUCCACAAGGUCUCUCCUCCGCCUGCUCUACAGGCUUUCCCAAUUCAACCACAAAAUAGAAGAGAGUUGGAAGGGGCUUCUUUGGCGCCAAAUCCUUCGUCUUCUACCACGUCAGAUGGUUGGCCUUAUCAGAUGGUUCGUCUUAUAACACGUCAGAUGACAAAGGAAAGAUGCCGAUCGGCAUCAUAGUAGGGUCCGUGGUGUGCACCACGCUGUGAUUGGUUUAAUCGCAGCUGCCGUCGUGUGGAAGUACAAGAAGAAGCCAGUAAAAGAAGAUGUUGAGCAACCAGGUUAUCAGCGAAGGAGGGUCUUCCACCGUCUAUUAUGGCCAGCUACCAGAAGGUGGUCUUAAGGUUGCUGUCAAGAAACUGAAAGAAUCAGGCUGAGUACUUGGCAACCUCCUCGCAGAGGUAAAGAUUUUGAUGAGAAUCCAUCACAAGAACUUGGUUUCUUUAGUUGGCUUCUACGUAAAACAAGAUGAAAUAAUACUCGUGUCCGAGUACAUGGCCAAUGGAAGUCUCUCUGAGAUAUUAAAAGGGUUAGAAUAUCUGCAUACAGGAUGCAAGCCAUCAGUCAUUCACAGAGAUAUCAUGCCCGCAAAUAUUCUCUUGGAUGAAAUUCUGCAAUCCAAAUUAGCAGAUUUCGGGUUGUCCAAGGCUGGAGCAGUAGAUGGAACGGAGUGUUCAGCUUAUCAAACCUACAUUGAUCCUGAGUAUUUGGAAACACGGACUCUCACCAAAGGGAGUGAUGUGUACAGUUUCGGCGUAGUUCUUUUUGAGCUCAUAGUGGGAAAGCCUGCCCAAAUCACCACUGAAAUGAAUGGAAAGCAACAUCUCACUAAAUGGAUCAUGCCUAUACCCUUGAGUGGGAAGAUCGAGAGGAUACGUGAUCCAUUGUCGAAGGGCCGGUGUAAUGUCAAAUCUGUCUGGGAAGUAGUAACGAUUGCAACGACUGCCAUAGAACAUCCGAGACCAGAUAUGUCCAUGAUCGUAGGGGCACUGAAGGAAGCCUUACGGAUGGAGACAUUGUCCAGAUUUUAG